AUGCAAGCAUCACCGACGCAGACGCCGACCGACGUGGCCCGCAACAAGGGCAAGCGCGUGUCGCGGGCAUGCUUGUCCUGCCGCCUGCGCAAGACGCGCUGCGAUCUCGACGCCGACGGCAAGACGGGCACCCCGCCCUGCAAGCGCUGCGUCGAGCACCAGCUCGAGUGCGUCCUGGCCAAGUCGCGGCGCGGCGGCCGACGCAUCAAGGGCGUCCGCGGCAGCCUGCCUCCCGUCAAGAGCGUCGUCCAGCCCAGUGUCAUCACCCCGUCGUCGGACGGCGGCCAGAGCAGUGGCAUCGCCGCGGAGAACGACGCCGCCGUGGCCGCGCAGUCCCGCCGCGACUCUGAGCUCACGGCGCGCCAUCAACAUCAGCAGCAGCAGCAGCAACAGCAAAAGCUCCAGGGCUGGCCCUCGCCGCACUCGGCCCCCGCCUGGCGCGACGACUCGCCCGCCUCCACCGUGCCCGAGGAGAUCGAAGAGGAGUCGAGGCAGGACUCGGACGGCCUCGAGGGCCACAUCACCUCGACCGACCUGCUCAACCCGUCCGACGCCCUGGAUCUGCUCGCCCAGGUCGCCGACCUCGAGCCUGGCCGGCUCGCCAGCUCGGGCCGCGACGCCGGGAGCCGCGCCGCCCCCGUCCAGGCCGCCGCCGGCCCGGCCUCGUACUUUCCGCCGAUAGCCGACGGGAUCCUGACCUGGUCCGAGGCGUCGUAUCUCGUCAAGCGCUACCAUGACAAGUUCCACCCCUUCUUCCCCGUUGCCAACAGCAGCAUCUUUGACGGCAGGCCGCUGGCCGAGUGGGCCGACAAGGAGCCGUACCUGCUGACGGCCAUCCUGACCGUCGCCUCCAAGGACGACUCGUCGUGGUACCGCGUCUACGAGGCGUGCUCGCGGUACAUGGAGACACUCGUGUCGCGCCUCAUCUACUCGGGCUCCAGCAACAUUGGCUCCGUCGAGGCGCUGCUGAUCCUGGCCGAGUGGACGCCGCAGCGCCCGCAGGACAACUCGACCAUCGGCUGCGGGCAAGAGGACCACGGCGCCUGGAUGCUGGUCGGCAUGGCCAUCCGGCUGGGCUACCUGCAGCGGCUGGAGCAGACGGCGUUGCUCCCCGAGGGCGGCACCCAGUCCGUCGACGCGAGCCGCAAGCGCAUCGCGUGGGCAGCGUGCUACAUGUGCGACCGCCAGGUCUCGAUCCGCCUGGGCAAGGGCUUCUGGUCGCGCGGCCCCAUCCCGUCCAUCAACUGGCGCGCCGCCGACUUUCCGUCCCUGCAGGCGCAGGCCCUGGGGCCGGACAACCUGGCGCUGCUGUUCCAGGCGCAGCUGGAGCUGAUUCAGCUGUUUAGCAACGCACACGACAUUCUGUACUCGUCGUCGGCGCACAGGAAGCAGCUGUACCUGGGCGGCGAGUACAUUCGAUACAUUGACGACUUUGCCGCGGUGCUGCGCAAGUGGAAGCUGUCGUGGGCCAACUGCACCUUCACGCCGCCGGUCAAGGCGUCGAUGGUGCUGUCGUUUGAGUUUCUCCGGCUGUACAUCAACGCCUUUGCCUUUCAGGCGACGCUGAACCGCGCCGUGGCGAGGGCCAGCCAGCGCGCGCCGGGGAUGAAGGCGCAGAACGUCGGGACGCUGUUUUCCGACGUGGCGGGCAACCCGGACGCGCGGUUCAUCUACGAGUCCAUUGACGCGGCCAACUCGCUGCUCAGCAUCCUCAACAGCUUCGUCGACCCGGUGGCCGGGCUCAAGUGCAUGCCGCUCAAGUACUGCCUGUACGUCAUCUACGCGGCCGUCUUUCUCUUCAAGGCGAGGUUGGCCGGCGCCAUCAGCGGCGAAAACGACGGAGGCGUGCGGCGGGCGAUCCAGGGCACCAUCUCGCAGCUGCAAAAGUCGUCCAACAACCCGCACAGCCUGGGGCGGCGGUACGCGACGUCGCUGCGGCUGCUCUGGCGCAAGUCGUCGGGCAAGCAGGGCAGCAAGGGGCGGAGGGAGUCGCUGCGGGAGCCGCCGACGCCGGUGCAGGACCUGCGGGCCGACGACGUGCAGGGCGCCGGCGACAAGGCGCUGGAGCUGGACCCGCUCAACGGCUUCUCGUGGCGGGACCUGGACUCGCUGGGGCAGUACAUUGCGAGCAACUCGGCGCUGAGCAUGGCGGACGGGAUGCUGACGGGGCCCGAGUUUGACUGGGAGCACGGCAGCUCGGGGCUGGACGACCUGGCGAUGCGGCCGCAGUUUGACAAUGUGUGGUCGGGGCACGACAUCAUUUUCUGA